GCACGAGCCGAGAGAGAGUGGACGUAAAAACGCGACUGGAGAAGCGAGUCCGUGUGCGAUUCUGAUUAAAAAGCUAUAGCAGAAGAUCACGUUUUUGACAAUUGAGAUACCUACGUUGCAACAGGUAGGACGCGAGGAAAGGAAAAACGAUCAGUUGGCAGACCACGGUCAUUGCGAGUGGAGGAAGAAGUGACGGACGAAGAAAUAGCGUCACACCUACGUUACGUACGAAGCGUGAGUUAAGUACUUUGCGCGUCGAAAAAGCGUAAAAUAUUUUUAUUUUGUGAAGAGUUUAACAAACAGUAAGCUUGGCAUUCAUGAUGGAAACACAUGCACGUGCUCCAGAUCCUUUAACAAUAUCUAAUGACAUGGCCAGUAAUUGGCACAGUUGGAAGGAAGAUUUUAUUAUAUUCAUGAAAGUAACUGGAUAUAUCAAUAAACCCAAUGAAAUUCGUGCAAAUCUCUUAAAAAAUCGUAUUGGAAAAAUUGGUAUUGAUGCAAUACAAACUAUGACAUUUGAAAAUCCACAAGAUAAAGAUGACAUGGAUAUAUUGAUUUCAAAACUAGAAGAUUUCUUUAAUCCACCAAAAAAUGAAGUGGUUGAGCGAUACCAAUUUUUUACAAGAAACAAAAAACAAAAUGAAACCAUCGAACAAUAUAUAAGUAUCUUAAAAGAAAAAGCCAAAAGUUGCAAUUUUAAUGAUAUGACAAAUAGUAUUAUACGAGAUAAAAUCAUUCUUGGCAUUCAAGAUAAAAUACUCCGUAAAAAAUUUUUUGAAACAAAGAAUUUAGAUUUGCAAAAAUUGGUAACAAUUUACAAUGAUUACAAUAUCAAUACAGAAAAGAUGAAAGCAGUCACUAAAGAAAGCACAGUUAACAAAAACAGCACAGAAACCAUAAACUCCAUACCGCCGAAGCCGCCGAACGAUGAUGCAAAGAAAAAAUGUUGGAGAUGUAACUGUCAACAUCCACAAGGAAAAUGUCCCGCUUGGGGAUCAAAGUGUACAAAAUGCGGUGAUGUAAAUCAUUUUACUCAAUGUUGCAAAGGCCCUAAUUUUAAUUCUAAUCUUAAGCCAAAUGAUAACAAUAAGCUAAAUAAUGUACUAAAUCCAAUGGAAGAAGCAAAAGUUAAUCUAAUGCAACAAAUUGGUGUUUCAAAGACUGGUUUUCCAGAUAUUCCAACAGUACCUUAUUAUGAUGCUACAAAUUCAACUUUCUGCAACGAUUUUGUAAUGGUGAAUGGGCCAAAACCAAAUUUGCAUUCUGAUAAUGCUACAAGUAAUAAUAUUGCUACAACUGCUACAAAAAAGAAAAGAUCCAGAUCCAAACGUCCAGAUCCCUCAAAAACAAACAAUAAUUUCCGAAGUUACAUUAAUUUAAUAUUUCGAUAUAAUAUUCAAUGUAAUAUAAUACUCUAUAAUAUAAUACUCUAUUAUUAUAAAAACAAUUAGAUCAAAAUACUUGUCUUAAAUCUUUUAAUUUUAAUUGAAUGUUAUAUGAACAUAUAUUUUGCAUUAGAAACAAUUAAGACUUUUGCGAAUACUUUUAAUUGUUUUAAAUGCAAUAUUAUUACAUUUUAAAAUAUAACAUUAAUAUGACUAAUAAAUUAAUAAAACUAUGUUAUAAUCAGGGGAUACUGAUUUCAUUGUUUUAUUUUAAAUAAUAUAUUAUGAAAUCAAGAGGGAUAAAAUUCACAUUUACUAUAUAUAUAAUCUUUCUGUUUUAUACAUGGUUUACAUUGGUUUAUUGGGUUGUUUAUAUAUUAGUUAUUUAAUUAUAAAAUAUACAAUUCUAUAUUCUACAUAUUUUAUGUUAUACAUAUAUAUUAUAAAUAUUGAAAAUGAAGAAAAUUAUUAAAAA